AUGUCAAACCUCAUGGAUUCCUGGCGCAACGACCAAAACGUGGCUUUAGCUUCAGAACUCUGGAAUGAUGCUGCGCAGAUACAACGUGCAUUGAUGACAGUGCUCGACGCAAGCAGCACAGGAAGUCCCAGAGGUAUGAGCAUUGAUGUGGUCAACACCAUCAUGAACGUUGUCCAGAGAUUGUACAGAACUGCAAGGAACAGAGGCAGAGAAGAUCGAGCACAGGCAUACCGCCAAGCAGCCUUAGAGGCGAACGAAGAGGCUGAAGUAGGCCUGGUCCCAGAAGAGAUCGCAGCCGCGGCAGCUGACGCGCCAGCAGAAGAAUUUGGCAACGAGACGGAAGUUGAGUGGGGAGAUUCGCUCUCGAGCUACAGCAGUUACGAGGUGUGCGAGAUCCCUGACCUGGAAACCGCCAGGAAGCGGUAUCCUUCCUUGGACGUGUCCAGCAACUUGACACCGUGGCUUGUGCGCCACACGGCAUGGCUGAUAGCACGUUUCCAUGUGAGAGGAAAAGAUGGGUUCACGCCCUACCGCCUGACAACUGGCAGCGACUACUCUCACCCAGUCGCCAUGCUAGGCAAAGUAGUUCUAGGAAAAGUACCGACCCCGAGGGGCAAGAUGCAGCGAAGGUGGAUCAAAGGCGUAUGGCUAGAUAACCUGGACAGAGACGACAGCAAUGUGCUCGGCACGUCGUCUGGGGCAAUCGCCGUGAGAUCAGUGAGAAGACUGCCAAAGGGAUCGCAGACCAGUCAAGAGCUGAUGAACGACAUGAAAGGAAUUCCUUGGCAACCCCGCGACGGGAUGAGGCACAAGAUCAACAGAGAGUUGUCACAACCAGUGGCACUCCCAGCGCCAGCCGCAGCGGGUCCCACCGCGCUGGCAUCAGAACCCCCAGAGGAAGAACAUCCGACACUGGCAGAAGACGGUCAAAACGUUGACCAGGAUGGGUUAGUCGUGCAAGCCGCAGCCCAGCUGGAAGACCUACUUGGCGACCAAGCCGAGGACUUCCCAGCGGGUAUCCCCGCGGACGACGACGACGCGCUAAGCUGCGUGCCCACCACGCCAGCAAGAUCUGAAGCUGCAGAUCCUCCGCCGGCAGUAAGGCCGAGCGGGCAGCCUCCGCCCUUCCGAGGUGCGGGAUGGUCAUCGACGCUUCAAAAUCUUCCGGACGAACCAAUGAGUCCGAGCGGACUUGGUCAAGGAGGGAAGCGAGUGAGAGAUGAUCAGGCAGCGCUUGCACCGGGACAAGCUGAAGCCAAGCAGUCCAGGCAAGCAGGUGUCUUGCAGCAUUUAACAAAUCACGAGAUCUGGUCCCACAUCCAAGAAUGGGCCAACUCCGAAGACAACAGCAAUCCAAUGGCUUUGCAAAGGGUAGCCAAUGUGACGGAUUUCGUCGACCAAUUGCUCAACCCAGAGGAGGUCACCAAAGCGCGAAAAGUCCAACUUCAAAAGCUUUGGGAGCGAGGAGCAUACAAGUCGCGUUUCACAUGCGCUGACGUCAAGGCUCGCUACACAGCAGCCGAGGAGGAGGGAUUGGACGUGUUCGUUCCAACUCCUACCCCAGAAGCACGCAAUCAUCUGGAGGUCUAUGCUCUGACAAAGGGUUACUACGCCCGAAGUCUGGACAUCGUCGCAGCCUUCUUGAUUGGAGCUGACCGAGGAGCCAGCGAAGGGAAGCAUGUCUACAUGCGUGCACCAGUUGAGUGGCACGACAUCUUCCUUGAGUGGCUAGAAACUCUCAGCCCCGAAUUGAAUGAAGGAUUGGUGCAAGGAAUCGUUCAAAGAACUUUUCUUCAGGUUGGAAGGAAACCUAUACGGCAGAAGGACGGCGGGAUCCGUCUACAGAAAUGA